AUGUCUCCAUCUUUCCUUUCUCAUGCCCAGCCAUAUUUUGCUGCUCGCUCCUGGCGUCGAGGACUACUUCAUACGCUCACUGAAAACCGAAGAUGCUUGGGCAGAAGAUAUGCGAGCAAUGCGAGUGAAAGCACGCCAGCACCGACACCGCGGACUGUGUUCUCGGGAAUACAGCCGACUGGAAUCCCUCACCUAGGAAACUUCUUGGGCGCACUCCUGAACUGGGUCAAUAUCCAGCGGAAUGCACAACCUGGCGACAAGCUCAUAUUCUCCAUCGUUGGAUGGCACGCCCUCACGCUGCCGCAGGACCCGAAGGCACUCAGUGAAGCUCGUAAAGAAAUGCUAGCCGUGCUGUUAGCCAUAGGUCUUAGCCCGGAACGAUCCAUCAUCUUCCACCAAGAUGAUAACCCAAACCAUACUGAGUUGGCGUGGAUAUUGAAUUGCCUUACUCCUAUGGGUAAGCUACGGAGAAUGACAACAUGGAAGUCCCGACUUGCGACCUCACGCAACGCACGGGACGAGUCUGAGGUCGACGAGUCCCUCUUAAAUGUCGGGCUGUUCACGUACCCAGUAUUGCAAGCUGCCGACAUUCUCGCCUACAAGGCUACUCAUGUACCCGUGGGCGAGGAUCAGCAGCAACACCUUGAACUCUGUCGAGAUUUAGCCGACAGCUUCAACCGCACAUUCAAGGGCAAGACGACACUAUUCCCUCUGCCUCAGCAGGUCUUCACCCCCUCCCGGCGAAUCCUCUCGCUCCGCGAUCCUUCCAGCAAAAUGUCAAAAUCGUCGCCCGACAUCCAAUCGCGCAUCGUCCUCACGGAUACCGCGGCACAGAUCAAAACGAAAAUCCGCGCCGCCGUGACGGACCCGAUAGUUGGUGUGACCUACGACCCGGAGACGCGCCCAGGCGCAGCUAACCUCCUCACUAUCCUCGCGGCAUUCACAGACGAGAGCCCCCACGACGUCGCAGCGCGAUAUCACGACAAGGGGCAUGGUCGCCUCAAGGCUGACGUAACAGAGGCCGUGGAAGAGAUGAUGCGGGGACCUCGCGCCGAGUUCGAGAGACUGAAGGGAGAGGUUAGCUACCUGGCGACGGUCGCCCGCUCAGGAGCGGAGAAGGCCAGGGAGCUUUCGGAGGUUACAUUGCGCGAAGUCAGAACAAGGGUCGGCUUGGCCUGA